GGCCGUUGGCUUGGAAAAAAUUGGAAGCCAUAUCUUACAGAAGUACCUGGGCACACUAAGCCGAUGAAAUUGGGUAUCACAGCUCCCAAGCUGGAAAAGUUGUGGAUUUAUGGAGACUCACAGGCCGAAAGACUGCACUUAUCGAUAAAGGAUGGACCUCUUUGUACAGAGAUCUUUAAAUCUUGUAAUCUAAGUAAAAUGUGGGUUUACCCUUACAGCGGUCAGUUUCCAAAAUGGGAUGAUCAAGACUUCGAUAAGUCCAUUAUUCUCGAUAGUCUCAGGGUUGUGUUGGAAAGACCCGAUAUGAGCGAAAACAGUGUGUUGAUUUUGAAUCUUGGACUGCAUUACAUGGAGAGCAUCAGACUACAAGAUUAUAGAAUACUUCUUUUGAAGGUGAUUGAUCUAUUGAACGAAAGAAACAAAGGUACAGGCGAACUGAAGCAUAAGGCUCGUGUAGUAUGGAAAACGUCCACUUCUAUAAGCAAGGAGAAGGACACUGGAAGUCAACUGACAAGUGAUCGACGAAGAUUCCUUGCUCUACCGGUAAAUAUAUGGGGGGAAAGCAGAAAUUAG